CCUUAGCAACGCCAAGAGGAAGGAAUCGUCUGGGGUUUAUCAAAAGAUAAUGGAAUUGCUGACUGUCUUGGAGCCAGGGGAAAGUCCCCAAUUAACAACAUGGCACAAAACUUCUGAGAAUUCCAUUGAUGAAAUACCAAAAUUUGGAGAAAACUGAAAUGCUUUUAAAUACAAAACACCAAGUCCUGCACAAUACCUUUUUAGCCAAUAUCCACACACCAAAGAUUGGAUCGGGACUUGGCAUUUUAUGUUUAAGGUAUGCUGUUGUACCAAGAGGGGAGAAUCCAGAUGUUCGAGUUGGUCAUACUCUCACAUAUGUUCCAGAUACCUCUGAGAGGGGGAAGGUCAUUAUAGUUGGAGGAGCAAACCCCAAUGGAAGUUUUUCUGAUGCCCAUAUCUUAGAUCUGGACAAACAUGAGUGGGAUGUACCAGAGUGGAAGGGGUUACUGCCACGAUAUGAGCAUUCCAGCUUUGUUCCAGUGAGCAGACCUGGUGACCUUUGGUUAUUUGGUGGUGCAGAUGAAUCUGCAAACAGGAACUGUGUCCAAGUUUUAAACUUUGAAACUGGAGUGUGGAGAAGCCCAGCAGUAAAUGGUACUCCACCAACACCCCGAACAUGUCAUGGCUCUACUGCAGCUAUUGGAGAUUGCCUCUAUGUUUUUGGUGGUGGGGAUAAAGGAGCAGAACCUGUACAAGAUACACAACUCCAUGUGUUUAAUAAAGCCACACUUAACUGGUCACAGCAAUCAACAGAAGGCAAACCACCAGCCCCAAGACAUGGCCAUGUGAUGGUUGCUGUAGAUAGCAAAUUAUACAUCCACGGAGGAUUAGCAGGGGAAAAUUUUUUUAACGAUAUGUAUUUCAUUGAUACGGCUCCAGUUAACAUGAGAUGGAUAAAAGUAAAAAUGAAGGGUGACAUCCCAGGAGGCCGUGCAGCUCACUCUGCAUUUUCCCAUGGAAAGUACAUAUUCAUCUUUGGUGGUAUGGAUGUCACAGGAGCAUUGAACACCAUGUAUAAGUAUCAUGUUGAAACAAAUUGUUGGACACUGUUAGAAUUUGAUUCCCCUCUGCCAGCAAGACGACUGGAUCAUGCCAUGUGUGUUAUACCCUGGAAAAUAAGAGAAUAUGAAACUUCAACUCCUGCAGCAAAUGAUAGUGAUGGACAAUCAGAUAAGGUGAACACACAUGAGGAAUCUAACAAGCAAAGUGGGACUGAGGGAAAUCUUACUCAAAGGAAUUGUUCAGUGGUUCAAAAUCAAACUGAGAGCAUUGUGAAUCUGUGCUUGAUAUUUGGUGGUAUGGAUACUCAAGGGGGGGUUUAUAAUGACUGCUUUGUCACAGUAAUUGAUGGCUAUUAAUUGCAUUCUCUAGGUCUUGUAUCAGACACAUUGGUGUAUGCACUAUAGUAGGAAAGUGGAGGACUGCUAAGAUAGUGCAGACUCUCGACAAAAAUCAUGUUGCCAAAUCAAAGUACAGUGGAUACUUAGGCUCAUGUCUGCCUGUAUCUGGAGACUACCACUCUCCCUACAGAAGCUGUCAAAUAUUUCCAGCAGUUCUUUUGAUGUCACCAGUUCACUUUUAGAUCACUGUUCUGAUUCAAGUGUCCAUUUAACUGGACAGGAACUUUAAUGAAACCUAUGCAAUUAUAUAUAAACUCUCUCAUAUUGUUAAAUCAUGGCUGUAAAUUUACUUUAAAAGUUCCAAACGGUCCCAUUAACUAAAGCCUUCCAAUUUCAAUGAAGUGAGAUAACUAUAAGCAUAAAUUUAGUGGAGCUCAAUGGUAAAGAAUCUACUAUGCAAGUUAUUUGAAAAAGCUGUAGUUUGAUUCCCAUACUCCAGCUUCCAGCACCUCCAAUGAUUGAGAAGUUGUCACCUUGUGUUGCAGGGUGUUAUCGCACUAUAUUUCUUUAACCUUAAAGGUUUCUCAGAGUACUCCAUUCAGGCAUAUAAGGCCUGUAUCUUUUAUCCAUAAAAAAUAGAAAAAUUAACCUUCAGGAAAUUUUACAUGCCUGAAUGAUUUAUACAAUGAGAUUUUUUUUGUAUUUUAUUAUAUGCUGCCCUUAGUUUAAAAGCUAUUCCAAUUUAAGAUGCAGCUGAAAAAUCUAACCUUUAAAAUCACAUACAAAAGUACGUCAAAGCAUCAUUAGAACAACUUAUUCACAGCACAAUACCAAAAAGCAAAGUGUUAUCAAAAAUGUGAAAUUCCAAGAUAUUCUGCAUAUUGAAAAGGAGAUUUUUAAAAUAGUUGUACGUUUAUUUUAUAAAAUAAAAUAGAAAUUGAUUAAAGUUGCUCAACUGUACAUCCUAAACUUUUGUUCAUAUGCCUUUGUGUUGUCCACAUGUAUUUACUAUUGGUUUUGAUACUGGAGUUAAUUCAUGCUGUUUCCUAGUAAGCAUAAGGUACACAAUAAAUUUGUCAUUCAGUAA